AUGGCCGUGUUCGUCGGCAUUACUCUACCAUUUCUUUGUCUGCUCGCUGUGUCAUCAGCACUUGCCUACAAAAACCCGUAUUAUGCGGCAGGCAGGUCUGUGAACGUCCACCUCUUUGAAUGGAAAUGGGACGACAUAGCUGACGAGUGCGAGCGAUUCCUGGGACCUAGAGGAUAUGGUGGAAUACAGAUCUCACCACCCAACGAAAAUGUGGUAUUGCGGACAUACAACCGGCCGUGGUGGGAACGGUACCAGCCCCUAUCCUACGAGCUGGUCACGAGGUCAGGGAAUGAACAGCAAUUCGCCAACAUGCUGAGACGUUGUAACGCAGCUGGUGUAAGGAUCUAUGUUGACGCUGUGAUCAACCACAUGACAGGGGAACCCCCGGAGAACUACGGUACCGCUGGCAAUACCGCUGUCUAUUCCAACUGGGACUACCCGGCAGUUCCCUUCAACAGGGAUCAUUUCAACUGGCCACACUGCGUCAUCGAUGGCAUGGAUUAUGCUAACAACGCUUGGAGGGUCCGUAAUUGUGAGCUGGUCGGAUUAAAAGAUUUAAAUCAAGGUCACGAGCACGUCAGGACGAUGAUAGUCAACUUCAUGAACAAGCUUAUUGAUUUGGGUGUAGCUGGAUUCAGAAUCGACGCAGCUAAACAUAUGUGGCCAGAAGAUCUCCGAAUAAUCUACGAUCGCCUCCACAAUUUGAAUACAGCACAUGGCUUCCCUGAAAACGCACGUCCAUACAUUUACCAGGAAGUUAUUGAUUACGGAGGUGAAGCUAUCAGCCGAGACGAAUACACACCAAUAGGAGCAGUCACUGAGUUCAAAGCUGGAAUGGAACUCAGCAACGCGUUCCGGGGCAACAACCAGUUGAGAUGGUUGGUCAGUUGGGGUCCUCAAUGGGGUCUCUUGGCAUCCCAAGACGCUUUGACCUUCAUCGACAACCACGAUAAUGAAAGAGGCCACGGUGGCGGCGGAGGAAUCCUUACCUACAAGGAGGCCAAAAGAUACAAGGGCGCAAUCGCUUUCUUGCUAGCUCAUCCUUAUGGCGAACCUCAGAUAAUGAGCAGUUUCGAUUUCUGGGAUUCCGAAGUUGGUCCACCAAUGGACAGCAACCAGAAUAUUAUUUCACCAGCCAUCAAUUCGGACAACACCUGCGGAAACGGUUGGAUCUGCCAGCACCGUUGGCGUCAGAUCUACGCCAUGGUCGCGUUCAGGAACGCCGCUGCUAACACCGUCCUCACCAACUGGUGGGACAAUGGCAGCAACCAGAUCGCGUUCUGCCGCGGCAACCGAGCAUUCAUUGCCUUCAACAUCGAUACUUGGGAUCUCAACCAGAGGCUACAGACCUGUCUUCCAGCGGGUAGCUACUGUGACGUGAUCUCUGGCGACAAGGUGAACAACUCGUGUCAGGGCAAGACCGUUUCGGUCGACAGCAGCGGCAUGGCGCAGAUCUACGUUGGCACACACGAGAUGGACGUCAUGCUGGCCAUACAUGUUGGACCUGAGAGUCGCUUGUAAACAAGGAAACACGGAAGGACAGAAAUGUGCAACAACUACGAAAUCAAA